CACAUGACAGAAAUGUAGCCCACGUGUACUAUAAUCUACUAUUACGUUGAAAUAAAAUGGCCUCUUUUGAAAGAGGGGAAGGUAGACUAGAGGGAAUAGAACAAGACGAGCAAGCAGGUGGCUUGCUAAUUCAGAAAAAAAGAAAGGGAGGACGGGAUGACGAUGACGAAGGUGUCUUUAAGAAGCCUAAAGCCUCUUUGUUAGGGCUUGAUGCAUUGGCACGAGAGAAGAGAAAACAGUCUUCCAGCAAACAGGAGAAAGCUAGUACUCACAAAGUGCAGAAGAGAAAGUUUGAUGUUACAGAUGAUCAAGACAGAGGAAGCAUUCGUGUUAGCUUUGGUAGCAGUCGGCCUGGUAGACGUUACAGGUUAGCUGGGUUUAAUUACAUAUAA